CAAUAUUUGGAAAUCGAAUCUAUUGCUCCGCAAUAAAUGUUAAACAAAUAACAACACAACACACACCAGAUAAUUUGUAAUGGAAAAAGAAGUUUUACCACCAUUGGUGGCUAUGGUAAAGCCAUAUACAGUUAUCGAUCUAUCGACAAAAUUAGUGCUGACGGAGGAGGAGGUAUCAAGUUGUUUAAAGCAAGCAUCCAGAAAGGAACUUCUGAAAAAAUUAGGGACAUAUGAUGCUGCUGGAGCUUGUUCAAAGCCAAAUGGAGAUGCACCAAACUUUAUUCACCUCCCUCCAAAGAUGACCAAAGGUAGAAGCAAAAGUUUGAGUUCAUUAUGUGAAUACUCAUUGCCAUCAACAAACAAUGGCGAACUGUCAAACACCAACAAUGAUUAUGCUUGCUUGCCUUAUCGUGGACGUUCCAAUACUGCUCCUGCCACCUCAUUGUUUUCGGAAGACAGUAAAAGUCCAAUAGUGAGAGCGUCCCGUCCUGUGCAGCCAUCCUCACCUGGUUGUGCUAAACGCAAGGUGCAGCAAAAACUCCAACGUGACGCAAAGCAGCAACCAAGAGGCGGACAAGGUUCUCCGAGUCUUCUUCAGAAGCAAUCGGCUGGUUCAAGAAUUCCUAAUUUUAAAGUCAACACGCCUAACAGUGCAAUACGUAAUAAAGCAGCCGAUGAAUCAAAACAAAAUGGCCUGCUUCCACCUUCGAAGUUAAAAACACCGGAACAACAACCAAAGUUCUCACCUGCAAGUAAAAUGGCUUCGCCGUUGUCUAGAAUUUCCCAUCAGAACAAUAGAUCUGUGCCUCGUUUAUCUCAGAAAAAUUCUGAUACAAGUUCCUCAGUUACCAGCAGUAAUGACAGUAGUAGCACUCCCGUAUCUAGGAUUCAAUCGCCUUCGUACAGUGUCAUCGGAAAGACUCGCAUAUCUCCGCCGGUUACUAAAAGCAGCGAGUCUAUACAUUCAAAAGUGAAUUCGGGUAUUCCAAUGAAGAGUGGAAUACCGUCGAGAUCGACGUCGGCUCUUAAUAACAAACGUUCGCUCGAUAGUCUCCGAAUGAGUCGCGAAAAUACAGCGGAGAACUUAAAACAAAGAAAGGACUCAAGCUCUUCCAUACCCUGUACGCGAAAUAAACAGUCUUGCGAGAGUUUAGGGACGAGUCGAGAAAACAUAUCGGACAAUUAUCAACGGAGGGCAGACUCUGGCUCAAGCAGGAGCAGUUCUCGUCGUUCGUCUGUCGGUAGUUCUUCAAGUGACGGCGGCGACGUUGUUAAGCCUGCUACUCAUCAGAAUUUAGCAGCGAACAUUCCGAAGCUUAAACCAUCGGUCACUAACCUGUCUUCCGCUAGACAGAUCAAACAACCACGAGCCUAUAAUGGUGGUGUAUCGAGCGGGAAACAAAAUCAAAAGCUAAAAGAACCUAAUAUGGAUUGUGGCGAAUCCAAAAUAAAAGCCCCGUCUGGUGCGUCUUCAAAACACACAUCGUCCUCGAAACUCAUUCCUCCCUCAAAACCAACAGGAAUUCUAAAACCUAUGAACAAAGUAACUGUUGAUCUAGGUGCCAAUAAAGUCGAUCACCAGUCCAAGACUACAAUAAACAAUCAUGCCGAUAUUGAAAGGGAAAAUGUUUCUUUGAACUCUCCGAAAGGCAUACCGCGAAGAGCUUCCGACGGCACCGUUCUUAAAAAUAGAAACACGUCUUCUAACACUCGCCCUGUGUUUGAAAAGAAAUUCAGUGAGUCCUCGUUCCUAGCUGAGAGAGAUAGUUGCGAAGAAAACAAGGAGGAGAACAUGGCAGAGAAUUUCGUUGAAAAAGAUUCUUUACGGUAUCCUACAGUCGGAAAGAUUCCGGCAGCCUUAUCAAGUGAAUCGAAAUUUGUUAAUACAAAAGCGCCGCUUCGUUAUUCCGCUUCGACCGAUUUCGGGAAGUCGUGUGCUAAAAUUGAAGGGAAAGCAUCCAGAUCUCAAAGCGAUUCAAACGUUUUUCAUACACCUUUGAAGGCUUCUGUCAGUGCAGAUACAGGCAGGGGCAUUAAAAGUGUACAGAAGGCAAACAGAGAGCUAGAUAAUCUGAAUUUAUAUCUAGAAGAACAAGAAAACGAGUGUAUACCAGAUGAUGUCAGUGAGUGCAGUAGCAUUCUUAGUGACGGCAGAAACUCGUCCUAUAAACUAGACAUUCCUUCACCAGAAGACGACAAAGAAAAUUCUGUUUCCGACUCUAUCUCUUAUCCUUAUAAUAAUAAGAAAUUCACGCAUCAAAAUGUGGAAAUGAUCAUAGCGGAACGAAUUGAAGGCAGCAAGCAGCAUGCGUCAGUAGCGGAUAUAAAGAAGACGACGGAUGGGUAUGCGGAGCCUGAAGACUGUCUUAAAUUUUCCAACUAUAAAGAACCUGUGGACAGCUUGGAAACAGUACAUGGUCGAAAUACGGAGAGUGUUUUUAACCACGACACUCAGCAGCCCAUAAUGUUUAAAAACUUUAUUGAAACAAACGGGCAUCGGUUGGAUAGCACCUCUCCAGUGAACUCGCCAUUCCGCAGGAUACAUCCUAAAGUGAUUAUCCCUCCACCGCAGUUAAGCACGCAUAGAAACGAGGGUGGCUUGCCAAUUGUACCAAAGGAGUACGCACGAACACCAAGUUCUGACGUAGAAGAACUUUUGGUGUCUCAUACGGAGAUUGACAAAAUUCGCCGAAAGGCUCACGAACAAGCUAUGAAAACGUGGAAGAAAAACAAAGCACUAGAAGAAGUGCCGAUUUGUGAGGAGAGUGAUCACCUCAACGGUGGAGAGAGAUCAGAUGGGGAAGUGUUUUAUCCAAGCAAUGCGUCGGAAUUUCCAGAACCAACGGAAAAAUUAGCCGCUAAAACAUCCAUUCGACGUGCCAGUGCCGAACAGAUUGCCUCAUUGAACGACAACGACGGCGACAACAUGUAUCGCCUACAAACGAUGACGUUAGACAGGGAUAAGAAAAAGAAGUCGAAAAUCAAAAAGUUCUUUCAGAAACUUUCGUCAAAGAAAGAAGAAAAGGUCGACGUAGAUCAUAAUGAGGACGGCGACGGUUUUCGCACACCGUUACGUUCAACUUCGUCAUAUUAUAAAGAUCGACGAAAAAGUGACGGUACAAUCUCUCUUCAUAGUAUACAGGAAAUCCACAGUAUAAACCCGACUCCGACGACUAAAAGACGUUUAUUUUUAUUUAACCUUAGUUUUAUGAAAAAAGGACGCCGACAGCGGUCUUACACGAGUAGUCACAUGUCGUACGAUGACGGUGGUUACGACGUAAGAGACUGCAGACCGUCCGACACAGUUCGGGCACUGUGCAGUCCGGACAUCACCAGACGUAAUUUAGUGAAUAAAAUGUUACGACAACGACGGGGGUCUGAACCGUCUCUUUACCGCAUACAGGAAACAUCACGGACCAAAAAAUACAAAGCACCUCUUCCACCGGACAACGUUGUACCUUUUACGACACGGAAAGUUAAACCACGGACGUCGAACAGUAGUGUUUCGAGCGUAGACACGUCUGACGAAGCAGAUUAUAUAAACUUUCCUUUCUCUAAGACAGAUGUACAAGCCCCUUCGAAACCUCAACGACAUAUCAGAAGUGGCAGCACUGAACCAUACUCUAGUCACCGUUCAAACUCUCUCAGCAGCAGUAGUACUGCUAGCAAAAAGAGUUCAACAAGACUUGACGACGACGAAUGGAAAAAAGACGUCGAAUAUGCAGUGCAGAACAUGCAUACCGUCGAGACGAAGGUGGGUCGAUUAAGUAGCAACUCCUCUGAAUCCUCAUCAUUUUCGUCGGAAAGUUUGUCGUCUUCUCAAAGGAGUCACGCCCUGCAUCUCGAAGCGUCGUACGUCAAUGUGACGUCGAAUAAAAACAAUUCUCUACGUCGCACGCCAUUACGUCACUCGAUCGAUAACUUCAACAAAUUAAUCGAACUGCAUCGGCAGACAAUCGAGAAAAUUGCGUAUGAAUCUUCGCGGCUGCACUGUGACUGUGAAUUGUUGAUUGGCCAACAGUGGGAGGAUUUUGAACGUAGUAACGAGAUGGUACAGUUGGGUUUGACCGGUUACAUGGUGGUACCCGUGGCUUGCCCGAAGUCGAGCAACCGAGCAUAUACGGCAUGGCUGCGGUUAGAGCAAAAACAGACGUCAGAGCAGGUGUCGUGUUUUGCAAACAUGUGUUAUUCGAAGUUAACCUUACACCGCAACUGCUUGCAUAUUUGUCAUAUGAUUGAGCAAGCCUACUCUUCUCCCUGCGAUGGCGGUCUUCCUAAAGCCAUCCAGUUUGAUUGCGUCUACAUUUCACCACAAAUACCCAACAUGGCGCUGUCCAGAUACAUUAGUUUAACGUUGGAGAAACAUGCACGCUACCCGGAGAUAUACGAACGGGAGAUUGCUUUAAUUGCAUUGCAAGUUGUGAAGGGUGUGCAAUAUUUGCAGCAAAAUGGCGUCUCUUUGACUUCUUUAGGGACGGAAAAUAUAUUUGUAUUAAAUAACGGCGAUCAAUCUGUUGUUUUGUCGCCAAGGCGAACGCCGAAUAAAUGUCCGGCAGUGGCGAUCGCCGUUCUACCUGGUUUGGGAAAUGGCGUUGAAGAGAUUCAACAUAACCAGACAACAAGUGUUUGCCAUCAGCUGGCUUUUCUUUUAUUUGAACUUUUACAUUCACCGUACCACGAUGAAUUAAGAGACGCAACGGACUUUUCAAUGCUGUUAGCGACGUUGCCUGACUUGACGAUAAAAAGUAUAUAUAGUCGAUAUUUUCAAUAUAUCACGAACUUACUUCUCGAGUCUGAGACACACAAUAGCCGUUCGCUGGACGACCUAAGAUUGGUUUUGGAAGUGCUUUUGUUUGGACCGACAGAUAUAUGUGACCACGAAGAAGACGACGCCGUCAGUUUAAUAAACAAAUGGCUUAAUCGUCGAUGUGUGGACGUCGUGACUCAUAUAUUGAAAGAAGCGUCACUGAAUAUGUCGUGUAUGGUGGGAACGACAAGUAGCGACGUCGAAAAGAUAAAAAGCGUCGACCAGGAAGUGUUACUCGAGUGUGAGUUUUUGUCAGCGGUUACGCCUCAUGACAUUUAUCGGAUAUCAAAAAUGCUUAACAGAUAAUUUCGUUCCCAGGUUACUUAGUAGUACUUGGUAAUAAAUUUAGUUUUAUUUUUACAGAUUUUUGUUGGAGAAUUAACUUUAGACACGUAACACAUAUUUCAAAAUAUGCAUAUAUAUAUAAAGACUCUUUGAAAGAUAUUACUUUUGUUAAGAAAAGAUAUUAUAUAAAAUUACUAUGUAACA